UGCGGAAUCGGAGCGUCGCGAGGGUGGGAAGCGGUAUAAAAGCGAGCGCCCUCAGAACCCUACCGUGCCACCAGCGCAUUCAUUUCCCCGUCGUCUCUUUCGCUGGUUGAUUCACUGGUUUUCGAGAUUCUCGGCGGCCGAGAUUUUCCGAGCUUUAAGCCCCAUAUCUCGAAAUGGGUAAGGAGAAGGUUCACAUCAACAUUGUGGUCAUUGGCCAUGUCGACUCUGGCAAGUCAACUACCACUGGCCACUUGAUUUACAAGCUUGGAGGUAUCGACAAGCGUGUGAUUGAGAGAUUCGAGAAGGAAGCUGCUGAGAUGAACAAGAGAUCGUUCAAGUACGCUUGGGUGCUUGACAAGCUCAAGGCCGAGCGCGAGCGUGGUAUUACCAUUGAUAUUGCCUUGUGGAAGUUCGAGACCACCAAGUACUACUGCACCGUCAUUGAUGCUCCUGGACAUCGUGACUUUAUUAAGAAUAUGAUUACUGGAACCUCCCAGGCCGACUGUGCUGUCCUUAUCAUUGAUUCCACCACUGGUGGUUUCGAAGCUGGUAUUUCCAAGGAUGGCCAGACCCGUGAACAUGCUCUCCUUGCUUUCACCCUUGGUGUCAGGCAAAUGAUUUGCUGCUGUAACAAGAUGGAUGCCACCACCCCCAAGUACUCCAAGGCUAGGUAUGAUGAAAUUGUUAAGGAAGUCUCUUCUUACCUGAAGAAGGUGGGAUAUAACCCUGACAAGAUUCCAUUUGUCCCCAUCUCCGGAUUCGAGGGAGACAACAUGAUUGAGAGGUCUACCAACCUUGACUGGUACAAGGGUCCAACAUUGCUCGAGGCCCUCGACCAGAUUAAUGAGCCCAAGAGACCAUCUGACAAGCCCCUCCGUCUCCCACUUCAGGACGUGUACAAGAUUGGUGGUAUCGGAACUGUCCCUGUCGGCCGUGUUGAGACUGGUUUAAUUAAGCCUGGGAUGGUUGUCACUUUUGGUCCCUCUGGAUUGACCACUGAAGUUAAGUCCGUGGAGAUGCACCAUGAGGCUCUCCAGGAGGCCCUUCCAGGUGACAACGUUGGGUUUAACGUGAAGAAUGUUGCUGUCAAGGAUCUCAAGCGUGGUUAUGUUGCUUCCAACUCAAAGGACGAUCCCGCCAAGGAAGCAGCCAACUUCACCUCCCAAGUUAUCAUCAUGAACCACCCCGGACAAAUCGGAAAUGGUUAUGCCCCUGUUCUUGACUGCCACACCUCCCACAUUGCUGUCAAGUUUGCUGAGCUGGUGACCAAGAUUGACAGGCGAUCUGGUAAGGAGCUUGAGAAGGAACCCAAGUUCUUGAAGAAUGGUGACUCUGGGAUGGUGAAGAUGAUCCCCACCAAGCCCAUGGUCGUUGAGACUUUCUCUGAGUAUCCUCCCCUCGGUCGUUUUGCCGUGAGGGACAUGCGUCAGACCGUCGCCGUCGGCGUCAUCAAGAAUGUGGAGAAGAAGGAUCCUAGUGGUGCCAAGGUCACAAAGUCUGCUGCCAAGAAGGGUGGCAAGUGAAUUGCGUGGUUCAUUGUCGGCACUUCAACAUUUGAGCAUCGUCUCCUCAGGUGGAGUAAUAAAUCUUUGGCAGUUGUUGGCUAUGUCCAUGUUGGUCGGGUGGGCAAAUGGUUUGCUGGUUGUGGCCUCGCGUUCCUAUCCUCAUCGAGUUGCUGGUUGCAGAACUGGGUGCUUGACAGGCGGUGGCGGCGCUUUUUUACUUCUAUGAGUCUGUUUUGAGUCUUUCUUUUACUUGUAUUCUGUGUCUUUCGGGGCCAAACAGGUGUGUUUCUGAGUCUGCUUUGUUUUCUGGAUAUUGGUAUAGAUAUUCUGUUGAAGUGCCGUGCAGGAGAGUGGUGAGCUCCUGCGCUCUAUUAUAUGGAUUUGCAUGCUUUUACUGAUAUUUAGUGUUUAUUAUGUGUGUGUCUGUGAUUAGGGUCGUCAAUGGGUCAGGUCGGGUUUUGGCGUUACCUGACCCGACCCAAAAUGCAUAAUACCUGAAGCAAUAAUUCGGUCCGGUCCA